AUGGAAGCGGCGAACAGCAGCAUGGCCCUGGAGCGGCUGGCCGACGGCCUGCGCAGCAUCCCGCCCUUGCAAAGCUCCCURCUGCUGCUGCUCUCGCUGCUCGCCGCCCUCCAGCUGGGCAAGCUGGCGCUGCGGCGGCGGGAGCAGCGCCACGCGCCGCCGGGCCCCUUCCCCUGGCCGCUCAUCGGCAACGCGGCGCAGCUGGGCAGCGCGCCGCACCUCUCCUUCUGCCGCCUGGCCGCCACCUACGGCGCCGUCUUCCAGCUGCGCCUCGGCCGCUGGCCCGUGGUGGUGCUGAACGGCGAGCGCGCCAUCCGGCAGGCGCUCGUGCGCCAGGGCGCCGCCUUCGCGGGCCGCCCGCCCUUCCCCUCCUUCCAGCUGGUGUCGGGCGGGCGCAGCUUGGCCUUCGGCGGCUACUCGGAGCUCUGGAAGCUGCACCGGCGCGCGGCGCACGCCACCGUGCGCGCCUUCUCCACGGGCAGCGCCGCCACGCGCCGCCUGCUGGAGCGGCACCUGCUGGGCGAGGCGCGCGCGCUCGUGGCGCUGCUCGUGCGCGGCAGCGCCGGCGGCGCCUUCCUCGACCCGUCGCGCGUGCUCGUGGUGGCCGUGGCGAACGUGAUGAGCGCGCUCUGCUUCGGCCGCCGCUACAGCCACGGCGACGGCGAGUUCCUGCGCCUCGUGGGCCGCAACGAGCAGUUCGGGCGCGCCGUGGGCGCCGGCAGCCUCGUGGACGCGCUGCCCUGGCUGCAGCGCUUCCCGAGCCCCGUGCGCGCCGCCUACCGCGCCUUCCGCGACCUCAACCGCGACUUCUACGCCUUCGUGCGCGGCAAGUUCCUGCAGCACCAGCGCAGCCUGCGCCCGGGGGCCGCCCCGCGCGACAUGAUGGACGCCUUCAUCCGCCUGCAGCGCGAGCAGCCGCGCCUGCAGCUCGAGCACGUGCCCGCCACGGUCACCGACAUCUUCGGCGCCAGCCAGGACACCCUCUCCACCGCCCUGCAGUGGCUCGUCAUCUUCCUCAUCAGGUAUCCAAAAGUGCAGGCUAAAAUGCAAGAAGAAGUGGAUAGGAUCGUUGGCAGGGACCGCCUGCCGUGUGCGGAGGACCAGCCUCGYCUGCCCUACGUCGUGGCUUUCCUCUAUGAAUCCAUGCGUUUCAGCAGCUUUGUGCCUGUUACCAUCCCGCAUGCCACCACAGCCAACACCUUCGUCAUGGGCUACCUCAUUCCCAAGGACACGGUGAUAUUUAUUAACCAGUGGUCAGUGAAUCACGAUCCAGCCAAAUGGGUUAACCCGGAGGCUUUCGACCCGUCRAGAUUCCUGGAUGAGAAUGGAUUCAUUAACAAAGACCUAACAAGCAGCGUGAUGAUAUUCUCACUGGGAAAGCGCCGCUGUAUUGGAGAGGAGCUAUCGAAGAUGCAGCUGUUUCUCUUUACCUCCAUACUGGUUCAUCAGUGCAAUUUUACUGCUAAUCCAAAAGAGGACCCUAAAAUGGACUUUACUUACGGGCUGACCAUUAAACCGAAGCCGUUUACUGUGAAUGUCACACUAAGAGAUACUAUGGAUUUGCUUGAUAAGGCUGUCCAAAGACUGCAAGCAGAGAAAACUGCCAAUGAAAAUCACUCCUCUGCAAAUACCUAAGCACAAAAUCCUGCAUCUAAAGAUAUUCCCUCUCUCUUUCUAGACUUCAGUAAGUUAUAGUUUGUUYUGGUGAUCUUUUUGGAAAAUAGACAACCUAACAAGCUACAAGAGCAGGAAGGAAAACUGCACAAGUCAUAAAUCACUCUUCUUUUUUAUUCUUAGACACAGAGCCAAGAAAACCAUUUAAUGUGUUAAAUGUUAAAUGCAAAAAUCUGCAUUUUGAAAGCAAGCUUUUUUUUUUUCCUAGCUUGUUCACAGAAUUUGUAAUGGUUAAGUGCUUUUUGUCUGCAGACUAGGUGGAGCAUCUCCAGGAACUGUUUGUACAAUCCUUUCUAUCUAUCCAUGCUCUAAUGCCUUAACUCUCAGCUCGCCUUCAGUUGAUUCCACAUUCCAAAGUGAAAUCUCAUAUUAAAACCAACAAAAACAAAAUCCACAGAACACUGUAGCCUCCCUCUGAGUUCGUGCUUCUGGAAGCUGCCAUAGGCACAUGGCAGGGCCUGUGUGUGACUGCUCGGGGCUACAUUAGUGCCUCUUUGAAAAAAAAAAGACUGUCAAAUAGUUUUGUUAAAAUGCCAAUGUAAAGUCUUGCCUCUAACAUUCCAGAGUGUUUACACAUAUGUCUAAAAAAAUAGAUUUGCUUAUGAGCACAACAUUUUUAAAUAAAAGUCAUAUUUUAUAUGAGAACAAACUGGGUGUCYUAAUCCAGUCAUUUUCAAUACGUUUUGAAAGGAAAGGUCAGAACUGGGAUGCCACCAGUAUUCUGCAGUAACGACAUGUCAUCUCCCCACCCUACGGCACAUAGGAAGUCCAGUUAAAAUCCACAUGGGCCAGAAUUGGCAGAAUGAGAAUCUGGGGGAGAGGGUCAUAUUGAAACUGCAGUGCCACAGGCUUCAGAUGAGGCACAAAGCAAACACAACAACUCUGCUCCCUAGUCACUCUGUUAGACUGAGUUAAAUGUCGUAGCCAAACAUUAAUUAUUAUGCCUUUUUUUUUUAGUAUGAUUUGUUUAGAGCAAAGUCACARAACAAAAACUGACAUUACAUAUCCCAUUAAAGUACCGCAUAGCUAAAGAAGUUGAAACUUUUCCRAGUUAAAGGACAUCAAGAGGAAAAAUAAAACUAUUAUUUUUAAAAGUAAAAUACAUACAUGGAACUUCGUGGCCUUGAGUCUCUGGCUGUUGUUUGUGUACACAACAUAGCCCAUACUGCUCUGAAGUGUGAACCCUCAUAGGUACAUACCAGCCUUUGGAAAGUGCUGGACGUUUCUUGAGGAGCCACAGGGCACCCUCGCAUAGCUGUGAAACCAGUCAGAAACAAGAGCACCUCUCCUGCAGCCUCUUGUGCUCAUGUUGGUACAAAACAAGGCCUUAGCUGACCUAGGAAACAAGGGCACCAUGGCAGUUACCAUCUAAGGUGGCUCUGCAGAGACACAGGCAAAUAAAGAUUUGCAUGCCUGGGUCUUCUGGUAUGUGCCCAGUGUAAUCAGCAGUUCCAGGGCUCACACGGACACUGAUAGGAGCUGGGUUAAUGACACCAUCCCCACCUCCCAAAAUAAGUAGAAACAUCACUCCUGAUAGCAGUAAGAGCCUGAAUGGCAUCUGAAGUACCCCACAGAGCAGGGCUGUGCUCACUUAACACCUCCAACGCCACGGGACACCUGCUAUCCCUCCCCAAAGCUAAACCAGUUUUGUUCGCUGCAAAAGGAGUAACCUCAGGCGCUCUUCUGAGUUGCAUACAAAACUGUGCUAGUCCAGAACUUAGCCUCUACCUGGGAAAAGCUUUAUAAGAUACCUGGCAUUUUCUUACGGAGAUCUACAUUAGAUCAAAYGCCAGCAAGACGUUUUCCUUGUACCUUUGUAAGCAUCAUUGAAAAAAGGAUUUAACCUACAGCAGCACAGU